AUGGGAAAUCUUUUAGUUCAAGGAACAUCUACAAAAAAGACUGAAGAAGAUAACAUUUCUUUAAUGUCAUCGGUAGUGUCAAAUUCAUACCGUCAACUAUCCUGUGAGGAUGAGUUAAAGUUUAGAAACAACCAAUUAUAUAAUAAUUCAUCACAUAUGUUAGUGAGAAUGCGUCCAGAAAGUGUGAAAUCAAAAGAUUCAUCAGAAAAAGUUGACCACUAUUUAGAAACUUAUGAUAUUAUUAAAUUUAGACUAUAUAUUUAUUUUAAUACUAUUCUCAUAUUUUUAUUAAUUGGUGCUGCUAUUUUUUAUAGUUUAGAAGGAAAUAUUAGUAUUGAAAAAGAACAGGAAUAUAAUAAUCGAUGUAAACAUGAAAGAAAUCAAAUAAAAAUGAGAGUUAAAGAAGAAAUUGAACAAUUAGCUUACACUGAACAAGAUAAAACAAUUUAUCAAGUUUAUUUAGAUGAUGAAUUAAAUAAAAAAAUUCAAGAUUUAGUAAAUGAAAUGGAUCAAUGUCAUAGGAAUCUUAAUAUAACUAAAAUUAAAACAUUAUCUUUUAUUAAAUCAUUUUCAUUUGUAUAUUCAAUAAUGUCAACAGUGGGAUAUGGAGAUGUUGUUCCAUUAACAAUUUCAGGGAAAUUAUUUUUAGUUUUUUUUUCAAUUAUUACAAUUCCAUGUUUUAUUACAUUUUACAUUGAAUUUUCUGAAAUAAUAACUAUAAAAUUAAUUAAAAUAUACACCAAAAUAUAUAGUAAAAUAAAUAGAAAAAUUGAAAUUAUUGGUAAAGACAUCUCUUCAACAACACUUUUGAAGGAUCAAGAAACACAUCAAACAUCCAAAGCAGUAAUAUCUUUAUCAGCAUUUUUGAUAGUCAUAUUUGUAACAUGCGCAUUACAUUAUCAAAUUGUUAAAAAUACUCCCGUUAAAGAGGAUUUCAUAUCUAGUCUUUUAUUUGUCUUUGAAUCUAUAGCAUUAAUUGGACUUGGAUAUAAUGUUCCGGAAGAUACUAUAAAGUACAUAUUCAUUGAAUUACCUUUUAUUAUAAUUGGAGUGAGCUUUUUUGGUCUUUAUAUUAAUAUAAUAGUAAAUUUUUUACGACAUACAUUACCAACUUUUAUAAGUAAAAAAUAUCCUAUAAAAGGUUUUGGUACAACUUCAGAAAAACACUUCAUUGAUUAUAUUUUAAAAAGAAGAAAAGUCAAAUUUACCGAUAUUACAAGUGAUUACAGGUCGGAUGUUUAUCUCAAAAAUAAUUUAGAAGCAUGCAUGGAACAUUAUUCAUAA